AUGCAUUUCUUUGCCAGCCUCGUGGCUCUCGUACUGCCUGUCCUUCCCGUCGUCGUGUGGCCCGGCAACGCACAGACCGUAACACAAAUUUUGGCUACUUCUUGUUUUACUAAAAGUGUAUUAUAUUUCACAGAUUGCAAAGGAUACCAGUUUUGCGAGACUCCAGUAUUCCAGUCAGUUCCCGGAUCCGCAUGGAUUGUUCGUGUUCGAUCAGUCAAGUUCAUCGAAUUGCUGGUAAAGCGUGGGACGCCGCCACUUCAAGAUGUUGCCGUUCAGGAUACGACAUCAAUUCCCAAAGGAGGUUUGUUCUUUGGUACCGAUCUUCGUGGACAUUGUUUACUCUCGGCCUCAAUUAUAACGAGUUUGGAAAACAUCAACGACUGA